GCCGCGCCUUCGCCGACUCGGCAUCCAGCAGCCCCUGCUUCGGUCCAGCAUGGCGACCCCGACCCAGACCCCCACCACGGCUCCUGAGGAACCUGACCCAUUUUACUAUGACUACGACACGGUGCAGACUGUGGGCAUGACUCUGGCGACCAUAUUGUUCCUGCUGGGCAUCCUCAUCAUCGUCAGCAAGAAGGUGAAGUGCAGGAAGGCGGACUCGAGGUCUGAGAGCCCAACAUGCAAAUCCUGUAAAUCGGAGCUUCCCUCCUCAGCCCCUGGCGGUGGUGGCGUGUAAAACCAGCCCCGGGGAACCUCCACUGCUGUCCCUGCCUGAGCGCGGGAGCCUGAGGACCGGGUGGAGGCGGUGGGGAGCCCAGCCGUGGCUGGGAGCACUCCCCGGAAUGAGCCGCCCCACCCACCCCAAGGCUGGAGCCGCUGCACCCCGCUGUCCCUCCUCAGGCCUUGGCAAUGACGAUUCCCCAAAGAGCCUGUCUGCAUCCCAGACCCAGGGACUCAGGCCUCCAGCUCCUGGGAUCCGGGAGUCCACCCCCAUCCCCCCAGGAGCCCCAUGUACUGCUCCCCGGCACCUCCUUGUCUCCUCCCCAAAGAUCCGCUCCCCUGGCCCGUCGGUGUCCGUGUCUUGAGCUUUAAUAAA